AUGGCUGAAGAGAGCACGGGGGACAGUAAGCAGGGUCAAUUGUCACCGCGAAGUCCUUCUGGAGCUGGAGUUGCCGGUGGAGUGGUCAAUAAGCCGACUAGUCCUAGGUCACCAGCAGCUAAACCGACGAGAAGGGUCAGGUUGACCGACCAGCAGCUGGAGGCUGCCAGCAAGGAAGAACUCGCUGGGAAAUGGCGCGAGCAGGAGUCCUAUAUUGAGAUUCUGGAGGCUCAGGCUUCUGCUCAGGACGCUGAACUGACGAGCUUGAAAGAGUCUGAGGAAAAAUUUCGCCAGCAGUUUACAGAAGCGUCUUAUCGUGAAAAAAUUUUAGUAAGAAGACUUGCGUCCAAGGAACAAGAGUUGCAAGAUUAUGUUAGUCAAAUAACAGAAUUAAAAGCUGCUCAAACACCAUCAGUAUCUUCACUACGGUCAGCGUUAUUAGACCCAGCGGUUAACAUUUUAAUACAAAAACUUCGCCAAGAGUUGUUAACGACUAAAGCUAAGUUGGAAGACACGCAGAAUGAAUUAAGUGCAUGGAAAUUUACUCCUGAUAGUAAUACUGGUAAGCGUUUGAUGGCUAAAUGCCGUCUGUUGUAUCAAGAAAACGAGGAUCUAGGACGUAUGAUUUCAAGCGGACGAAUUGCAAAGCUAGAAGGUAUGCAGUCAACCAUAUACUUCCUGCAGCAAGAGCUGCGUAAAGCUCGUGAGUCAGUGACACUGCUUCAGCAGGAGAACUUGGCGCUGAAGUCGCUGCCGAACGAGAACAAUUUGUCAAACGGAUUGUCCCCUCACACGCCGCCGAUAAUUAAAAAAGAGGAAGAGCAGGACGAGCUGGAGAACGAAGUAAUAAUGAGCAAAUCACUGGCGAUUGAGCCGGAGGAGUACAAAGUGGAUGAAGAUGGCGCUUGCACCCCACCGCUGAAGAACCAAGUGGCGAUACCAGCGAAUCAGGAGAACGACGAGAGUUCCAGUGAUUCCGCGGCUCUGAUAAUAAAAGUCGAGAACGAGGAACUGACUGACCGUGAGAACGAGGAGGAUGAGAAUAAAAGUGGGAGGACGCUGAGAAGGACUAAGGGUGCUAAAUGUUGUAGUAGCGGUAGUAGUAGUGCUGGUGAUAAAACAAAUGGUGAUGACUCGACCUCCUCUAGGACUACUAACGCCCUCAGGCUAAGAGACAGAGGUGAUUGCCGGACCGUUGACAGUAGGGGGGACCGGGAGAGGACUAAACGCGAUAAAAGUGCACAUAGUAGUGAUGAAGAGCAGCAUCACCAGAUUAGAGACUGCGGUAGGUUAAAAAAAAAAAGACGUGAAAGUAUUUUGUCUAUUGAUUACAAUGACGCUGACGAUGAUGCGAUUGUUUUAACAAACGGGGAAACGUUACAGAGCGAUCCCGAAUAG